GAUGGCGGCGGCAGCGGUCGACAGCGCGAUGGAGGUGGUGCCGGCGCUGGCGGAGGAGGCCGCGCCGGACACGGCGGGACUCAGCUGCCUGGUCAACCUUCCCGGCGAGGUGCUAGAGUACAUACUGUGCAGCGGCUCGCUGACGGCCGCCGACAUCGGCCGCGUCUCCAGCACCUGCCGGCGGCUGCGCGAGCUAUGCCAGAGUAGCGGGAAGGUGUGGAAGGAGCAGUUCCGGGUGAGGUGGCCUUCCCUUAUGAAACACUACAGCCCCACCGACUACGUCAAUUGGUUGGAGGAAUAUAAAGUUCGGCAGAAAGCAGGGUUAGAAGCCCGGAAGAUUGUAGCCUCAUUUUCAAAGAGGUUCUUUUCAGAGCACGUCCCUUGUAAUGGUUUCAGUGACAUUGAGAACCUUGAGGGACCAGAGAUAUUUUUUGAGGAUGAGCUGGUGUGUAUCCUAAAUAUGGAAGGAAGAAAAGCUUUGACCUGGAAAUACUACGCAAAGAAAAUUCUUUAUUACCUACGACAACAGAAAAUUUUAAAUAAUCUUAAGGCUUUUCUUCAGCAGCCUGAUGACUAUGAAUCGUAUCUCGAAGGUGCCGUGUAUAUUGACCAGUACUGCAACCCUCUCUCUGACAUCAGCCUCAAAGAUAUCCAGGCCCAGAUUGACAGCAUUGUAGAGCUUGUUUGCAAAACCCUCCGGGGCAUAAACAGUCGCCACCCCAGUUUGGCCUUCAAGGCAGGUGAAUCCUCCAUGAUAAUGGAGAUAGAACUCCAGAGCCAGGUGCUGGAUGCCAUCAACUAUGUCCUUUACGAUCAGCUCAAGUUCAAGGGGAAUCGAAUGGAUUACUACAAUGCCCUGAACUUAUAUAUGCAUCAGGUUUUGAUCCGCAGAACAGGAAUCCCAAUCAGCAUGUCUCUGCUGUAUUUGACAAUUGCCCGGCAGUUGGGAGUCCCCCUGGAACCUGUCAAUUUCCCAAGUCACUUCUUACUAAGAUGGUGCCAAGGUGCAGAAGGGGCGACACUGGACAUCUUUGACUACAUCUACAUCGAUGCUUUUGGGAAAGGCAAGCAGCUGACAGUGAAAGAAUGUGAAUACUUGAUCGGCCAGCAUGUGACCGCAGCCUUGUAUGGGGUGGUCAAUGUCAAGAAGGUGCUGCAGCGAAUGGUGGGAAACUUGCUGAGCCUGGGAAAGCGGGAAGGCAUCGAUCAGUCCUACCAGCUCCUGAGGGACUCCUUGGAUCUGUACCUGGCAAUGUACCCGGACCAGGUACAGCUUCUCCUCCUUCAAGCCAGGCUUUACUUCCACCUGGGAAUCUGGCCAGAAAAGUCUUUCUGUCUUGUCUUGAAGGUGCUUGACAUCCUCCAGCACAUCCAAACCCUCGACCCCGGGCAGCACGGGGCGGUGGGCUAUCUGGUACAGCACACUUUAGAACACAUUGAGCGCAAAAAGGAGGAGGUAGGCGUGGAGGUCAAGCUCCGUUCUGACGAGAAGCACAGAGAUGUCUGCUACUCCAUUGGGCUCAUUAUGAAACAUAAGAGGUAUGGCUAUAACUGUGUGAUCUAUGGCUGGGACCCCACCUGCAUGAUGGGACAUGAAUGGAUCCGAAACAUGAACGUCCACAGCCUGCCUCAUGGCCAUCAUCAGCCUUUCUAUAAUGUUCUGGUGGAGGAUGGCUCUUGUAGAUAUGCAGCCCAAGAAAACUUGGAAUAUAAUGUGGAACCUCAAGAAAUCUCGCACCCUGAUGUCGGACGCUAUUUCUCAGAGUUUACUGGCACACACUACAUCCCGAACGCAGAGCUAGAAGUUCGAUAUCCAGAGGAUCUGGAGUUUGUCUAUGAGACGGUGCAGAAUAUUUACAGUGCAAAGAAAGAGAACAUAGAGUAAAGUCUAGUAGAGGGCAUUGCACCUUUGCUGCUGCUGCUGUCUUCCAGGAGAACAGGAUUCCGGAAGAAGAUGGCUCCACGGACCCCUCUGGUUUCACUCCGCCAGGAAAGCCACUUCACCAGUCGUGCUGGUGCCUCCUAGUUUAAAUAACGUGUGCUCUCUGUCAGCUGCAAAGACAAUGUUGCUCUCCGCCUACACUAGUGAAUUAACUUGAAAGGCACUGUGUUCAGUGGCAUGGCUUGUAUGCUUGUCCUGUGGUGACAGCUUGUGACAUUCUGUCUUCAUGAGGUCCCACAAUCGACACUCCUGUAUUCGUUCUUUUUCAUCACUUCCUUGUGUCUGUCUACACAUGUCUGAGAUCAUCUCAUCUGAUGGAGAGGUGGGGUUAUACAUUUGCAAUAUUUUUUUCUGAUUUCUAUACGGAACAUGUGCAAUUCUAAGUCAGGACUGUUUGUCUUUUUACGCAGAACUUAGUCGUAUGUUCAGAGGUAAAGUUGUACGCAUUCUUGCCAGCGUCUUAGAGACAUUAACAAGCUUAAUGGGAAUUAGAAUCAUUUAAAUUUAUUUUUUCUAAGUUUGUAACACCGAUUUCGGUGUUUGUCUUUCUCUUUAUUUGAAUUGAGAGGAUAUGUUUUCCCUUCCAUAUGCCUCUACUGAUCAUUAGUUUUCUAUUUUAUGAUAUAACAUUCUUCGAGAAAACAUAAUAAUGGCCGUUGUGAAUGAAAUUUUCCACAUUCACUCAGUAUUCCUCUUUAAAAUGACUACUUUUCUUUUAGUUUAAAAAAUGCACUCUAUAUUACAAGUGGGUCUUAAAUCGAUGAUUGUUUUCUAUUUGUAGUGUAGAAGUACAAAUCUGAUCAAAAAUCUUAGAAAUCAUAUUCUGUGGUCCCGAAGACCUAAAACUGAGGUUUUGCUUUUGUAAUCAAAAAAAGAGAAGAAACAAUGAACAUUAAACAUUUUUAAACAUUACAAAGAGUGGGGGAGGGGAGAGCUCCCACACUCCUUGUCAUUCCUUAGCGUCACUCCAAGAAUCUUUUUGAAUGUGACGGGGUAGAAGUAAAUUUAGAAGUCUUUCAUUUGGAGAGUGUUUGUUGGCAGGAGAGGAGAUGUGGGUGUCAUCUGCCUUCUCCGUCACCCGUGCCAGGGCGGCACCAGGACAAAGACUGUCGUGAAGUCCCACAGAGAGAAUCUGGCUUUGUGUUCAGAGACCAGUGGCUUCUUUCCGAUGUCCUCAGUAACCGAAUGUGAAGGUACCAAGUCUUCACAGCUCUGAGACUCCCACCGCUCCACCCGCCAGCUCUCAAGCGAGCUAAUAUUGUAAUUAACCGGUAGAAACUAACCUCUGGCGUUAGGACCUAGUCCCUUUGCGCUCUCAGUUCUAGUGGAUGAGGCUCGGGGGCCGGGGCUCCCUGCCUGUCUCUCCGUUUGCAUGCAGCGUUUUCCCAACAUGUUCAAUGACUGCUCCUUGUUUACCCUUCGGAAACCCCGGGAUGACCGAAGUUUGGGAAGCCACCAGAGACCACUGACUAGCAGGUGGAGGAAGGCCACAGCAGUCCUAUUAGAAAGAGACGGGGUUUGAGCAGCUGGCUCCUUCCAGCCCAAAUCAGCUAGUGUCCAAUGUCCAUGUUUCUUAUGCGUCAAAUCCAAAGCCUGGUCCUUUGGACUUACGUGUGAAAACGUGACCACUCACCACACCCAGCCUUCCUGCGGCUGCAGGGGGAAUCUUAAACACUCCCUCAUUUAAAGGUGAAAGUAGAUUAUGUGGAGUUAAUAUUCAUGAGAUCCAUUACCAAGAAACUGGAGCAUGCCGAGAGUUAAUCAUUGUUGAUUUUCUGGUUCACUUUCCUUUAUUCAUAGAGUAACAUCACAGCCGAGAAAGAUAGUCUUACCUUUACUGACUCCGUUGUAAAUAUGUAUUUAGACGGUUUUUAAAUGUGUUUCCUCACGAAUGCUUCAUUUGGCUCCCGGAAGCCUGUAUCACCUGUGUAAGUUGGUAUUUGGGCACUUUAUAUUUUUCUAAAAACGUGUUUUGGAUCCUGUACUCUAAUAAAUCAUAAGUUUCUUUUUAAAUUUUUUCCGAAAGUUUUCUCCACUGUAAAAAAAAAAAAAAAAAAAAA